AGAGGCGUUUGUUUCCGACACUGUGAGAGCCCGCCGGUGGAUCACACCCCCUCACUCUCUCUGCUGCUCUCUCAUCCGCCAGGCUGAGAGGCUGAAUCAGCCCGAGAAAGAAACAGCGAGGAAACGGAGCGACGGAGAUUGCGAGCAUCAACAUGGGGCCGAGACCGCUGCUGUUGGGGCUGGCGUGGGUCCUUCUGGCUGUCCAAACGGCCAAUGUCCGGUGUCUCAACGGCGACGAGGACCAGAGCCAGGACACCGAGUGCAAGAUGAAGAGCGUCACCGUGUCGGCGCUGCCGUUUUUGAGGGAAAACGACCUGAGCAUCAUGCACAGUCCGUCGGCCUCCGAGUCCAAGCUGCUGUUCUCCGUUAGAAACGAUUUUCCGGGAGAUGUCGUGGUGGUGGACGACCUGGAAAACACCGAGCUCCCGUUUUUCGUCCUCGAGAUCUCUGGGAACUCGGAGGACAUCCCUCUGGUCCGCUGGAGGCAGCAGUGGCUGGAGAAUGGCACUCUGCUCUUCCACAUCCACCAUCAGGACGGCAGCCUGAACCUCCCAGAACCCACCGAAGAUCCGGCCAACGAUUCAGCAAAGGAGGAGCUCCGCAUCCUGCAUAUCUCCGUCAUGGGCGGGAUGAUCGCCCUUCUGCUGUCCAUCCUGUGCCUAGUCCUGAUCCUCUACACCCGCAGGCGCUGGUGUAAACGCCGUCGCAUCCCUCAACCCCAGAAGAGUGCCAGCGCUGAGGCGGCUAAUGAGAUCCACUACAUCCCUUCAGUGCUGAUGGGAGGCCAGGCCCGGGAGAGCUUGAGGAACUCUCGGGGUCAGGGGCCCAACUCCAGCGGUACCCUCAGUAUCCGGGAGACUCCGAUUCUGGAUGGGUAUGAGUACGACAUCACAGACCUGCGUCACCAUCUGCAGCGGGAGUGUAUGAAUGGUGGGGAGGAAUUUGCCAGCCAAGUCACCCGUACCCUGGACUCCCUCCAAGGCUGUAAUGACAAGAAUAAUAUGGACCUCGCACCUGUGAGCGACAACACCAAGCUGGCCCUGAUGAAUAAAUACAAGGACAACAUCAUCGCCACGAGUCCCAUUGACAGUAACCACCAGCAGAACACCCUGCUUCCGCACAAUACCUCCACCAGCCAACGCAAACGUCUCUCCAGCAACACCCGCGCGGGUUCAACUUUCUUGAACCCAGACGGGGACUCUGGGACGGAGGCAGACAGCGAGCCUCAGCUGGCCUUUUACACCGACCCAAACCGCAGUCGCCGCCGGAGUCGAGCAGGUUCCCCACGGAGCCCCAUCAAUAAGACCACCCUGACUCUGAUCAGUGUCAUCAGCUGCGUGAUCGGCCUGGUUUAUUCCUCUCACCUCUCCUGCAGCCUCUCAGUGCGGGUAAUCCUACAUGUUCCGGAGCACCUCAUCGCUGACGGAUCAAGGUUCAUUUUGCUGCAGGGGAGCCAGUUGGACGCCUCAGACUGGCUGAACCCGGCACAGAUCUUGUUGUACUACCAGCAGAAUGCCAGCGGGCCCUGGGUGAAUGAGCUGUGUGGACGACGCCUCCUGGACCCCUGUGAGCACCAGUGUGACCCAGAGACAGGAGAAUGCCUUUGCCUCGACGGCUACAUGAAGGACCCGGUCCACAAGCACCUCUGCAUUCGCAGUGAGUGGGGGCCCAAUCAGGGUCCCUGGCCUUACACCAUCUUCCAGCGCGGUUUUGAUCUUGUGAUGGGAGAACAACCUUCUGAUCGCAUUUUCAGAUUCACAUACACCUUAGGAGAAGGAAUGUGGCUGCCACUGAGUAAAAGCUUUGUCAUUCCCCCUGCCGAGCUCGCCAUUAACCCUUCAGCCAAGUGCAAGACCGAUAUGACAGUCAUGGAGGACGCCGUGGAUGUACGAGAAGAGUUGAUGAUCAGUUCAUCCUUUGACUCUUUGGAGGUGCUCCUGGACUCAUUUGGACCCGUCAGAGACUGCACCAAAGAUAAUGGAGGCUGCAGCCGCAACUUCCGCUGCAUAUCUGACCGAAAGCUGGACUCCACCGGAUGUGUGUGCCCUCCAGGGUUGAGUCCUAUGAAGGAUGGGACCGGGUGCUACGACCACCACAUCGGCAUUGACUGCUCUGACGGUUUCAACGGAGGAUGUGAGCAGCUGUGUCUCCAGCAGCUGGCCCCUCUAGAGGAUGACCCGACACUCUACAACAUCCAGAUGUUCUGUGGGUGUAUUGAGGACUACAAGCGGGGCCCAGAUGGGAGGUCAUGCCUGCCGCUGUCUGAGGCCUGCACUGAGGGGAUAGACUGUGGGGAAGCAACGGACAUCCCUGCUAACCAGACUGUGUUUGGAGACCUUUUCUAUGGAUACAACAACCACACCAGAGAGAGCACCUCUGGACAGAUCCUCAAGGCCACAUUCAGGCAGAAGAACUUUGCCCGAGGCAUCGAGCAGCAGCUCCCAGAUGGCAUGGUGGUAGCAUCGGUGCCAACAGAGGUUCAGUGCCACGAGGAGCUGUCGGACCCUGUGCCCGACCCAGAAUACCUCACAGGCAUGGUGAACUACAGCGAGGUAUCUGGCUACCCCCUCGUUCAGCAUUGGAGUCUUCGCUCUGUGCUGUACCACGUCAAACUCAAUCAGUGGGUCCUCUCUCAAGCCUUCAGCUCAGCCAUCCAUUCUCUAGAUGGGGCGACACAGCGGAGCGACUUUGUCUCCAUCCUCCGGGAGUUCGGGAACCACUAUGUACAGGAGGCGGUGUAUGGCUUCCAGGAGUCCUGUACCAUCUGGUACCCCAACAAACAGGUCCAGAGACAGCUGUGGCUGGAGUACCAAGACAUCAGCAAAGGUAACUCACCUUCAGAGGAGUCAGAGGAGCGUGACAAGGAGCCCAGGACACUGACCUAUCCUGCAUACAUUGCCAGUCUGCUGGACACGGGUGCCAAGCGCAUGGCGGCUGGCGUCCGCAUGGACUGCUCCAGCCAGGGCCAGUGCCCUCGCUCCUGCCACCUCUGCCACAUGAGCCCAAGGGCAGCACAAGGGCGGCAGCAGUCCGAGCCCGUCUUACUGCAGAUCACCAAGGCAGCGCCCAUCUAUGAGUUGGUGUCUAACAAUGAGACUUACCAGGCUCUUCAGGAGGCGAUGAUGAGCAUGCUAUGGUGUUCAGGGAAGGGAGAUGUUAUCGAUGAUUGGUGUCGGUGUGAUUCCAGUGCUUUUGGCACAGAUGGACUGCCCACCUGCGCCCCGCUUCCUCAACCUAUGCUGAAACUUUCUUACACCUACGAGCCCAGCAGCUCAUUGGUCAUCAUGGAGUGGAACCACACCGAGUCGCCAAUCGGCGUACGGAUCGUUGAUUACCUCAUCAGCCAGGAGAAGGUGACAGAGAGGACCGACCACUCCAAAGUUGAGACAGAAACACUUUUGAGCUUUGUGGAUGACAUCUUGUCUGGGGCCAGGUCUCCGUGUGUGAUGUUAGGGGACAUCCCCAACCUCCUGUCCUCCUCCAUCAGCAUGAUCAUUCGCUGUCUGGAGCCUGACACCACGUACAUGUUCCGGCUGUGGGCAGUAGACAACACAGGACGCCGCUCCAGUCCAAGUGAGGUCACCAUCAAAACUCCGUGUCCAACUGUGGAUGACGUCAAAGCACAAGAAAUCGCAGAUAAGAUCUAUAACCUGUUCAAUGGCUACACCAGUGGGAAGGAACAGCAGACGGCCUACAACACUCUGAUGGACCUGGGCGCUCCCACGCUGCACCGAGUGCUCUACCACUACAACCAGCGCUACGAGAGCUUCGGAGAAUUCACCUGGAGGUGUGAGGACGAGCUAGGACCCAGGAAGGCCGGCCUCAUCCUCUCCCAGUUAGAUGAACUGUCCCCGUGGUGUAAGGGUCUUCUUCAAGAGGCAAAGAUCGGCCUUCGCAGGAUGUCCCUCAAGUUCCUGUCUUGCCGUUACACUGACACCAAGGCCUUUGGGCUGAACUGGGCGAACAUGGGCCAGGACGUCCACAAGGCCUGUGACGAGCAGACGCUCACUGUCAUGUAUAAUGACUACGGUGAGCCCAAGGAGCUCUAAUGAUAUUUUAAGGUUUCAGUUUGGAUGCACUAAGGAGUAUAAAGAUUUGCCAAACUCAACAAAGAAUCAAAUAAAAUGCAGGUUUUAAAUUUAUUUCUGCAAGAUAUGUGCAUUUAAGGUGUCAUAAACAAAUCCUAUUUUUUUUCAACUUUUAUUUGAAGCCUAUAAAUUUUUAUUGUGAGAUAAAUUUUUCAUAUCAAAGGAAAACAAAAACAGGAGAACAAAAUUUGACUCCUCCAGUCCACUGAGCUAAUUUUAUUUGAAAUAACAGUCCACUUACAUUAUUCUUAUCAGGUCUAAAUAAAAUCAAAUGUUCAAACACAGCCUUCAGGCAGGAGCUGAUCUCUCAAAGCAGAUUCCUGAUGGUACACCUCACUGCUUUAUUCAUCUUUCCUGUGCUUUUCUUGACCUAUACACUAAUAAAGUCCUGAGGCCAAUGGUAGCAAACUUGACAUAUGCUUCACAGUUAAAGCACCUCUUCAUGUUUUUCAUCAGAUUUUCAUUAGUCUUGCUGUAUGAGUGUAGUGGUGUAUACAGUAUUUUCUGAACAGAUCAAAGCACUGCUGUAAUUCUAAGGAAAAACAUAAUGGACAACUUUAACUGUGAAGCAGCUGCAGGUGCGUGAUGUAAAAGAAUAGUUGUUGUUGCUUCAUUUAAGGUUGGCCUCUGUCAACAUCUGGAUAUUUUAAUGAUUUUAUUUACAUUGGUGUUAAUUGUGAACCUUUGGAAAGCAGGACUGGAAGGCUUUGACCAUCUGAGAACAAAAGUAGAUCAGAACUCAACGAGACCCUCAGCCCUCAAGGCUGGGAUUCUUCAUCAUUUCCUGUUUUAUUUAUGUUGAAUGUGACCUGGUAUGAAAAAUUUAUAUCACAAUUAAAGUAAAUACAUAUAGGAAACAGCUGAACAUAUGAUAAUUUACAUUAGAUGCACAUGUUUUAGUGGAACUAAAUGUAAAAUAAAAUUUAAUUUCACUUUGUCUUUGUUGGACUUUGUUAAAUCUUUCAUAAAGAAACCUUACGUUGCAGAGUAGUCUAGACAGAAAACCUGGUAUCAUUUAGCUUCGUCAUAUUCAGUACGAUAUUAAAAGAUCAGAUCUUGGACAUAAAGGGUUUCACGUCAGCUCUUUUGUGCCUGUUUAAAUCCAAACUUAAUCAUGUCCUCAGAUUUUUUACAUCACCUUGUAUGAUGGCGAACACGUACAAACUGGAAACCGUUGAUGUCAAAGAAGCAGCCAAAAAACUGCUAGUGAUAUUGAUCGUGACUUUGUAGGCAGUCCAUGUCCAUGGACCCAGGAGAUGCUGAUUCUUUACAGUUAAAAAUCAUUGCAGUUUCAGUUUCACUGUUAAUAUUUUACUGGUUGACAGCUUCCGGUGCUUGUCAGACGCAUUUGUCAUGAAUAAACGCAAAAACACUCAGCAGGUUAACACAUCAUGGGCUAAUCGUCAAGUAUCUCUACAGCUGUAAAUGGUUUUGGUAUUGGCUGCUUUAUUGUGUGGCGUUGCUUAUACUGAACAUCAGUUGUCAUCAAAGACAUGUCAUUUUUAACUCUCCUUUUACAUUUUUUUUUAGUGAAGUCAGUGUCAUGACCUGGUUUUGUCAUUUAAACACAUUGAACACUUAUUGCAGUGCAACAUACACAAGGAAUUGUCAUGUAGCACCAGAAACAAAGCCAGUAUUUUACAAACUGUCCAUGUUUGUAUGAGAAAGGUGAGGUAGCAUGUAAAGCUAAAGAGAUUAAGAUGUUAUUAGCAAGAUAAAAUGAACAAGAUGUAGAAGACAGUCUGCUGCAAGUUAUUUUAGUAGUACAGACAUUCGAAACAAACGCUGUACAUAGCAUCAUGAUAAAGUUUUAGUGAUAUAACCUGCUGAAUGUAUUAUUGAUAGUUUAUAAAUGAAGCUGUUAUAAAGGAGGAUUACUGAAUAACAGCAGUCAUUAUCUCUACAUAUUGAAUCAAACCUGCCAAAAGUAUCUAUAAAGUAUUUCGCUUUAUUAUUUUAUAGUUUCAUAUAGAUUUUAUCAUUCCAAAUCUAACCAAUGAACGCUGUUAAAAGUGACAAUUCUGUACCGAAAGCGCAAAUUAACAGUGUCUGUUUUUGAUUGCUUCUUUGUAUGUUUAAACUUCAUGCAAU